AGUCGUCAAACUGUUCUCCAACCUAUUAAACUCGUACGAGAUCUUCUUUGAUUGCUUCAUUAGGAGCUUGCAUGCUAACAUGUGAUAGAUCGCACCACCCGUUCGCAGGAGCCCGCUGUUCCUCUCCAGCAGGAGCAUCGGACUCGCCCUUCACCAGAUAAACCCGCCCCUUCAGACACAAAGAAACCGAUACUCUGAAGGAUGGCACCUCACGCCGAAGUAGGCCUGGGCUUCUCGGACGGGAAUGGUAGCACAACUCCAGUCAAGAAAGAUCUCUUCACUGUCAAUUCACCUAACGUCGUAUACACCCACAAUGAGAUCAAAUCCAAGUACACGUACCGCACUACCUUGGUCAACGAAACCGCAGAUGGCAAAUUCGUAGCAGUGCCCAAGGAGACUGUCUACGACUUCAAGGUAGAGCGCAAGGUCCCUAAGACCGGUAUGAUGCUUGUAGGAUGGGGUGGAAACAAUGGAACAACAGUUACUGCUGGUAUCCUUGCAAACCGCCGUGGUCUUGUUUGGGAGACUCGCGAAGGUCCUCGUGCCGCCAAUUACUACGGAUCUGUAGUUAUGGGCUCUACUAUCAAGCUUGGUACUAAUGCAAAGACUGCCAAAGACGUUAAUAUCCCUUUCCAUGGCAUCUUGCCGAUGGUCCAUCCGAAUGAUCUUGUAAUUGGUGGUUGGGAUAUCAGUGGCAUGAACCUGGCUCAGGCCAUGGAUCGCGCUGCUGUUCUUGAACCAACCUUGAAGGCUCAGGUCAAGAAGGAGAUGGCUGAGAUGGUUCCUCUUCCUAGCAUCUACUAUCCGGAUUUCAUUGCUGCAAACCAGGAAGACCGUGUCGACAACUGCAUCCAGGGAAGCAAGGCUUGUAUCGAACAUGUCGAGCAAAUCCGCAAGGACAUUCGCGACUUCAAGGCCAAGAAUUCUUUGGAGAAAGUCAUUGUUCAAUGGACUGCCAACACCGAGCGCUUUGCUGACCUCAUUCCUGGCAUCAAUGACACUGCCGACAACCUGAUGAAGGCCAUUGUAAAUGGCCAUGAGGAAAUUGCGCCAUCUACGAUCUUCGCUGUUGCCUGUAUUCUUGAAGGUGUCCCAUUCAUCAACGGCUCUCCUCAAAACACUUUUGUUCCUGGUGCGAUUGAGCUUGCCGAGAAGCACAAUGCUUUCAUUGGUGGUGAUGACUUCAAAUCUGGUCAAACCAAGAUGAAGUCUGCCUUGGUUGACUUCUUGAUCAGCGCUGGUAUCAAGCUCACUUCGAUUGCCAGUUACAAUCACCUUGGCAACAAUGACGGCAAGAACUUGAGCUCUCAGAAGCAGUUUCGUUCUAAGGAGAUCUCCAAGUCUAACGUUGUUGAUGACAUGGUCGAGGCCAACACUGUGCUUUACAAGAAGGGCGAGCAUCCCGACCACACUGUUGUCAUUAAGUACAUGCCUGCAGUUGGUGACAACAAGCGUGCUCUGGAUGAGUACUAUGCUGAGAUCUUCAUGGGUGGCCACCAAACCAUCUCUAUCUUCAAUGUUUGCGAGGACUCUCUCCUUGCAUCUCCGCUGAUCAUUGAUUUGGUUCUCGUUGCUGAAAUGAUGACUCGCAUCCAAUGGAAGGCUGCUUCUAGCGAUGGCGCUGCUACCAAGGACUUCAAGAACUUCCACAGCGUGCUCAGCAUCCUCAGCUUCAUGCUCAAGGCUCCAUUGACUCCUCCCGGAACCCCAGUCAUCAACGCUCUUGCUAAGCAGCGAAGUGCUCUGGUGAACAUUUUCCGUGCCUGCGUCGGUCUUGAAGCAGAUAACGACAUGACUCUCGAGCACAAGUUGUUCUAGAUGCACUUUUCUUCUUCAUGGAACGCGCUGCGGCGGGAAAUGGGUAUUUGCACGGUGGAGAGGAGAUACAGAUUGUACUUGCUUUAGCUCAUUGUACCCAUGACGAUAAGUGUCAUGCAUUCGCUCUUUAGAACAAUACAAACCUAAGAAGUGCAAUUGCCUUCUUCCUACUCUCGCUUUGCAACUUAUUCUGUGACAUUGUAGUUCUGUUGCUU